AAUAUAAUUCAGCCUAAAAUUAACUAAAUAAUUUGUAGAUUUUUGAAUUGGUGAAAACCCAGACUAGAGAGAUUCAUAAGAACAAUUUUUAUUUUAUUUUAUUUUAUUUUUAUAAAUGAAGAUUGAGAAAAAUGGUGGAGGGACAUGGAGGGUUCAAAGGGCAGAUGGUCCUGCAAAUAUAUUGGCCAUUGGGACAGCCACCCCCUCUCAUUGGGUUGAUCAGAGUGAGUACCCGGACUUCUAUUUUCGGGUCACAAAUAGUGAACACUUGGAGGAUCUCAAGGACAAAUUUAGGCGCAUUUGUGGGAGAACUAUGAUUAAGAAAAGACAUAUGUUAUUAACCGAAGAAAUCUUAAAGGAGAAUCCAAAUUUGUGUACAUUUAGUGAACCAUCUUUAAACAUUAGGCAAGACAUCUUGAUCUCAGAGAUUCCAAAACUGGGAAAAGAAGCAGCCUUGAAUGCUAUAGUAGAGUGGGGUGAGUCCAGAACUAAGAUCACCCAUCUAAUCUUCUGUACUAGAAGUGGGCUGGACAUGCCCGGCGCAGAUUAUCAACUCAUCAAGCUUUUGGGCCUCAGCCCAACAACUCAACGGUUCAUGAUGUACCAACAAGGUUGCUUCGCCGGUGGCACCGUGCUUCGCCUCGCCAAGGACAUCGCCGAGAAUAAUAAAGACUCUCGUAUUCUCGCAGUUUGCACUGAGAGCUCGGCAAUCGGGUUUCGUGGGCCAAGCCCAGAUCACAUCGAUAACCUCGUGGCUCAAUCGUUAUUUGGCGAUGGGGCAGCGGCGUUGAUAAUCGGCUCGGACCCCAAGCCAAAUAUUGAAAAGCCCAUAUUUGAGAUCUUCUCUGCGGCCCAAACCUUUGUGCCCAAUGGGGACUAUCACCUUGCAUUGCACCUGCGUGAAUCGGGCCUUUCUUUCCACGGGACCAAAUUUGUGCCGUCCACAAUAGCUAAAAACGCCGAGAGCUGUUUGAUUCGGGCCUUUGAUGGGCUUGGAAUAUCAGAUUGGAACUCACUCUUUUGGGCUCUUCAUCCUGGUGGGAGUGCAAUUGUGGAUCAAGUGGAGAGCAAAUUGGGCCUUGAGCCCGAUAAGCUACGGGCCUCGCGGAACAUUCUGCGUGACUACGGGAACUUGUCCAGUGCUUGUGUGAUGUUCAUUUUGGACGAGGUCCGAAAGAAGUCCAUUCGAGAUGGGCUUAAGACUACUGGUGAUGGGCUUGAGUUCGGAGUCCUUUUAUCAUUUGGGCCCGGUCUCACUAUUGAAACUGUAGUUCUCCGCAGCAUGCCCAUUUGAGAUUUCCAUCUUUUCAUUAUUGUGGUUUAUUUCCUUCGGUGGUGUGCGUAAUAAAUAUUGCAGAUAUUU